AUGCGUGCAAUAUUCACUUCUGUGGUCGGGGCGUGGAUAUCCACACAGCUGCUACUCAGUGUUCCAUGCCUUGCUUUCCCCGUCCAAGACCACUGUCCGAACCACGCUCCAUUUGCGCAAACCACCAACGGCACCGUCUGUGGGAUAGACCUGCCCGGUUUCAACCAGGCAGCCUUCUUCGGGAUCCCUUAUGCACAGCCUCCAGUCGGUGAUCUUCGCCUCCGCCAUGCGAUUCCUUAUAAUCAUACCUACUCUGCGUACCCGGCGAUUGCCCAACCACCAAGCUGCCCUGGCUAUGCAGGGUUUGAUGUCGGGAUCGGACCCCUCAGUGAAGACUGUCUCUAUCUAAACAUUGUCCGGCCAUCCAUGCAGGAGAAUGUCUCUCACGGUGCUCUUCCCGUUCUCGUCUGGAUUUAUGGAGGCGGCUUCGAUGCUGGCGGUAUCGCAGACCCACGCUACAACAUGUCAUAUAUCGUGCAGCAGGCCGCUGCUAUGCACAAGCCCAUCCUGGGCGUGAGCAUCAACUACCGCGUUGGUGGCUGGGGGUUCCUCUCGUCGCGAGAAGUGCUCGCAGCUGGUACGGCAAACAUUGGCCUAUUCGACCAGCGACGGGCCUUGGAAUGGAUCCAGGAGAACAUCGGUACAUUUGGUGGCGACCCAGCCCAGGUCACCAUCUGGGGUGAAAGUGCGGGGGCAUUCAGUGUCGGAUACCAUCUCGUCGGCUUCGAGGGCAAACACGCCAACUUGUUCCGAGGGGCAAUCCUCGAGAGCGGUUCCAUGCUGGGGUCGGCUCUACAGGAUUCAGAGACUAUCACCCAACCUGGUGGCUUCCAGGAGAUGUACGACAACGUGACGAUGACGGUGGGCUGCGCCGACGCAGCGGACACACUGGCAUGUCUGCGGCACGUGUCGUAUGAGAGUCUAUUCGACGCCUUCGCUCCCCAGGUUUACACACCCGUCAUCGACAGGACCUUCCUGACACGACGACCAAGCGAGAGCUUGGCUCGUGGCCUGGUUGCCGACGUAGCCGUUUUAGUAGGCGCCAACACAGACGAGGGUACAGCCGCGUUCUGGGGCCCUCGGGGGACGCUGAACACCUCAGCCGACGUGGCUGCAUACAUCAAGACCUUGAACGGGGGCGGCCUGGACCACCAGCAAGUUGACGAAUUGCUCAAGUUGUACCCUGAUGAUCCGGCGAAGGGCUGUCCAUAUGGUACGGGGGAAGAGCGAUUUGCCAGCCAGGGGUGGAUGUACAAGCGCGGCGCGGCGAUCGCAGGUGAUAUCUUUGUGCAUGCUGGUCGACGGCGAGUGGCGGAAUUUUUUGCAGCAAGACAGACGGGAAACCCAACGUAUAGCUAUCGGUUUGAUCAAGCGCCGUGGAACGGGGUAGAGGAACUGAUCACGACGGUCGCGCCGGUGUAUAGUACCCACUAUGUCGAGUUGAUAUUUGUGUUCAACAACCCAUCUCCAAAUCUGUCCAACUCCAUCGGACCCUACGCCUCUUACCACGAUCUAUCGACCUUGAUGUCUCGCUCAUGGGUCUCGUUCGUGCAUGACCUCAAUCCCAAUCACUAUGGGUUGGGGAAGCAGGUACAUUGGCCGGCGUACACAGCGGCACGUCCACAGAAUAUCGUGUUUCGCGCUGAAGAUAACCAGGGCGGGGUAUUCGUCGAGCAGGACACAUACCGGACAGAGCAGCUGGCGUGGUGGAACACGCAUUGGUCCUAUUUGCGAUCAUAA